UCGUGCCCAAUCGUAAAUAAACAUCACGUUCUAGCAGUAUGAAUCAUUUUAGACUGUCAGUAGAAGACAGCUGAUGUCUCAGUUUUGCUGCAUAAUAAAGAAGAAAAUGAGAAAGAUAUGAUCAUAUUUUUGAAUAAAUUAGUGAAAAGAUUGAAAGUAUUGCAUUAAAAAGUUUUGAUAUUUCAUCUCUGAAGUUUAUUGCUGAAACAUUCCAUAUCUACAAUAAUGAACAUUGAAAUUAUCAAAACAAUCAUCCUUGUAUCGCUUUUUGUUGUGACAUUAAUAUUUAGCAUACUUCCAUUGAUUUUGAUAGAAAAAAUAAGGAAUAUUUCCAAUCCAACCAGAAGGCAUUCAUAUGAACAUUUUAUAAGUUUUCUAAGCUGCUUUGGAGGUGGAGUAUUCUUAGGAACAUGUUUCUUGGAUUUAUUUCCUGAUGUACAAACACAACUGCAAAAUGUUUGGAAAGAUAAACAAUUUUCUUCUUAUCCAAUUGCAGAAUUUGUUAUGAUAUUUGGUUUUUUACUUGUUUUAAUAAUUGAACAGAUUGUAUUAUCAUAUAAAGAAAGUAUACCAGAACUGCAACCACUUUUGGGUCAUUCACAUAGCAUGCAGAAUGAAGAGGAAGUAAAUAAUGACAAUCAACAUACAGUUCACAAUAAAUCUGUUUCACAUUCAAAUCUACGAACAUUAUUAUUAGUAUUUGCUCUUUCUCUCCAUUCUAUAUUUGAAGGUUUAGCAAUUGGUUUACAGACGAAUAUGAAUGAUACACUUCAAAUAUUUAUAGCUGUUAUUAUACAUAAAGGAAUUCUUGCAUUUACUCUUGGUUUAAAUUUAAUUCAAAGUAAUCUGAACUUAAUCAUUUGUAUUAUUUGUGAUUUUAUAUUUUCCAUUAUGAGUCCUUUGGGAAUUGGCAUUGGAAUUGCUAUAACAGAUUUGGGAACACGUAAUGAAAUCCCAUUAACCAGUGGAAUCCUGCAAGGAAUUGCAUGUGGUUCAUUUUUAUAUGUGACAUUCUUUGAAGUUUUACCUCAUGAGCUGAAUGGUAGCUUUAAUCGUCUUUUAAAAUUACUCUUUGUCAUCUUAGGAUUUGCAGGAAUAAGCAUAAUUAUUAUUUUUUAUCAAUAAGAUUUCAUUUUACAUCUUAUUGAGAAUUACUUGAAACAAAUAUUUUGUAUAAAUGAAUGUAAAUAUAUGUACAUUAUUAUUAUAUAUAGUUAUACCUUAUAAUUCAUCACUAGGGACCAUCAGUAUUAUAACAUACUACCUGACAGUUUUUGAAUUUUACUGUUUUCCAAUUUAAAAAUGAAUAUAUAUUUUGAUUUUUCAUUUGAAAUGGCCAAAUGAUUUAAUUUUAAAUUAUUUAACAUACUGUAAAUGAUGACAAAGCUAUUUUGAUAUUUAUAGCUAUCAGAUAAUUCUUCAUUAAUUGUAUAUUAAUGUGUGACGUAUAUAAAGUUUGUCAAUAUUUAUCUGUUAGACUGCAGGAAAACACAAACAUCCUUGUAGGUACAGUACACAUCUAUAGUCUAUAAUGAAUGUGUGCAUAACUAUCCAGUAGCCAAAACAUGUUUUUUACAACUAAGAAAGUUUAUCAUUUGUUAAGUAUUUGGCAUCUGUUUUAAGGCUUAAUUUUUAAACUUCUGGCAGUAUAGACUUACAUUAGAUUUAAACUGCUGAUUUAAACAAUUCAGUUCAAUUAUAUCAAGGCUAGUUUAACUGUCAAAAUUUUGUCUAACUUAAUUUAGUCUUAAUACAGUAGAGCGUCAUUUAUCCGAAGGUCGGUUAUUCGAAGGAAUUCCAGUCAACAAAUUUAAAUUUUAGCCAGUGCUGUGGCGCUGUAAUCUUUGGCUAUGUCUUCGGCUACUCAA